GGGAACACUGACAAGCUUACGAUAUUGAAAUAUUUUGCUCUCCGGUAUAAAUACGUCAGUAGACACCCUCCUCGUGACUUUCAACGCUUUUAAGUGUCUUUAGGAAGGCAGUUACUGAAAAAUGUCUAAAUGAGACUACUGAAGGUCAUCACCGCUACUAGUCCGCCUCCACAGCUGCGCUGUGUUUACUCGUGAUCAUGUGACCGUGGUGUAGUUCCUUUAUCACCUAACAUUAGCUUUUUACUGCUGGCGACUUCCAUUCACUGAAAAAUCUUAAUAGUGUUGUUUAUUUGUGAAGAUUAUCUUGCUGAUCAAAAUAGGUAAAUAUCAUAAACAUUUGUUUGCCACAGAGAUUAUUUUCUGCAAUAAUCCAAAAUCCAAUGGAAGAAUCCCAUUGGAUCCCACAGUGCUACGGUAUCCACACAUUUGUAUGAAUGGGAGCGAAAAAGUAAUGUGUACUUUUUUUGGUGUCUUUCACCUUCUGGUGGUUGUUUUGAAGCUUUAGGAGCCAGCUGUUGAAAAUGAUCCUUUUGACCUCAGCUUGUCUUACAUUUACAAAGUUUAAAUUAGUACAACUUUAUUUUUUAAAUACUUCAUAAAAAGACAUAGUUUGGACAAAAUACAAUUGGUUCACAGAUUCUGAAAGCUGAUGGCCUCAUGUUAUAGGUUAUGUCGUGGGUUGCCCCUGCUAUUGGGGUGCUCGUUCUCUGAAGGUUAAAAAAGUUUAAGAUGUCCACAACAAAACAAUUAAAAGGUAAUGUCAAGCACCCAAGCUAACUCGGGUAUUAAUGAGUCUGAUGAAACUAAGCUUGACAUGGCCUGCUUGGUCUUGGUAUCGUGUGGGUCCCAAACUGGAGUCUAGAAUUGCUCCCCAAAUAAAUGCUGCUUAUAGCAAGUCAGCAGAAUGAGAUGAUAGAACUGUUCUCAGAAGGGAUCGCUUUGAUCACAGUCAAAGUAUUCUCUGAAUUUUACUCUGAGCAAACUGAAAAAGCCUUUGAAACUGUAUCAGACUGUAAAACACUCCAACAAAAGUCACUUCAAAGAAUGGUAAUGUUCAGCCUUCAGUCUCUGUGAUCUAACAAGUUGUGUAGAGGCAGUGGGUUACCUCUUUUUCUUGUUGAAAUGUUUCAGCUCGGAGCAAACAGUAUACAUGUUUAAUGAUAGAUACAUUCUUUGAAUUUUAUAAGCUUCACACCUACGACAUUUUUUUCUAGAAAUAGCUAAGUGACAGACAAAUGGUGCAACAUAAAGAUGCUUGCUUUAGCUGGAAGAGUCCAACGGCUCUAAGAUGUAGACCUUCAUUUCACAGCUGGAAAGGAUUUUCACUGCAGAAACAACUGAAGGCACUUAUGCAGGACAGAAAUCGGGAGAAAUGGUAUCAAAGCAUAUUCAUCGCCGAGAAAAGUGUGUCUCUCCUGCUGGAACCUUUGAGAAGAUGUUUGAGAGAAGAAAGGUUUCCCGCUUCAACAGUCAACAGAAGCUGUACAGCACAAAACAGCCAAAUCUUUACACCUGAGCUGCAAUUUUAAUCUCCUAUAAUCCUCUUUGUAUGUAAAUGAAGUUUAAUGAUACACAUAGAGGACGGCAUAACUUAACUCUAGACUGCUUGUAAUUAGUUUGCAUGGACUCAAACACAAAUCCUGUUUCUGGCAGUAAGGUACAACAUGCUCUUGCAUUUACAACAGAGCAACUUUGUCAUGGUACGGAGCCAAGGCGCUCGCUAGCUGUCCCCCCUGAUCGGUGUGCAGCCAACACUCAUGGAUGUAUUGUGAAGACUUUAGUGACCCUUUGUUACAAUCCCACUGUCAGGUCCAUAUUACCCUUUAAGCACAUUUGUCUUUGACAAGGUAAUGUAUCCUGAGAGUACUGGUCAGAUUACUGUUUUCUGAUCUGCCUAUUAACCUGUAAUAGCAUGUUUUGUUUUUUGGUUAGUUUCUUGUUAUGUGGGGGCAAACAAAAAAGUAGUGGACACAACAUAGUCGUGUCUACAAGGUACCCAACAAGUUGCGAAACUCUCACAAGAUUAGGCAUUGACCACUAAUAGUUAAAGUUAGGCAUUGACCACUAAUAGUUAAAGUUAGGCAUUGACCACUAAUAGUUAAGGUUAAGCAUUGACCACUAAUAGUUAAAGUUAGGCAUUGACCACUGAUAAUUAAGGUUAGGCAUUGACCACUAAUAGUUAAGGUUAAGCAUUGACCACUAAUAGGUAAGGUUAGUCAUUGACCACUAAUAGUUAAAGUUAGGCAUUGACCACUAAUAGGUAAAGUUAGGCAUUGACUACUAAUAGUUAAGGUUAGUCAUUGACCACUAAUAGUUAAAGUUGGGCAUUGACCACUAAUAGUUAAAGUUAGGCAUUGACCACUAAUAGUUAAGGUUAAGCAUUGACCACUAAUAGUUAAAGUUCGGUAAUGACCACUAAUAGUUAAAGUUAGGCAUUGACCACUAAUAGUUAUGGUUAAGUAUUGACCACUAAUAUUUAAGGUUAGGCAUUGACCACUAAUAGUUAAGGUUAGUUAUUGACCACUAAUAGUUAAAGUUAGGCAUUGACCACUAAUAGUUAAAGUUAGGCAUUGACCACUAAUGGUUAAGGUUAAGCAUUAAACAUUAAUAGUUAAAGUUAGGCAUUGACCUCUAAUAGUUAAGGUUAAGCAUUGCCCACUAAUAGUUAAAGUUAGGCAUUGACCAUUACUAGUUAAAGUUAGGCAUUGGCCACUAAUAGUUAAGGUUAGGCAUUGACUACUAAUAGUUAAGGUUAGUCAUUGACCACUAAUAGUUAAAGUUAGGCAUUGACCACUAAUAGUUAAAGUUAGGCAUAGACCAUUAAUAGUUAAAGUUAGGCAUUGACCAUUAAUAAUUAAAUUUAGGCAUUGACCACUAAUAGUUAAGGUUAUGCAUUGACCACUAAUAGUUAAAGUUAGGCAUUGACUACUAAUAGUUAAAGUUAGGCAUUGACCACUAAUAGUUAAGGUUAUGCAUUGACUACUAAUAGUUAAGGUUAGUCAUUGACCAUUAAUAGUUAAAGUUAGGCAUUGACCUCGAUGCCAUCAUUUGCAUUGCUGAGAUCCAGUUUGCUCAGCAAUACAGUUCACUCUCAACUCAAAACAACAGCUUGGCUGUAAUGAGGCUACUAACUGGAUGAUUCACAUUACAUUUACAUGAUGGAGCAGGCUCCCUAAUCCAAGAACACGUCUAGGUCUAUACCUCAUUUUCAUUCUUAUUUGGAGCCAAUAUACAAUAAAAAAAAAAAUUUUAAUAUUUCAUUUUGUAAUACCAUGAUAUAAUACCGUCACUGCAAAAAAAAAUGAAAUACUCUGAUAUACAUUUUAGAUCAUAUCACCCAUCCCUAGCACAGAGUCUGCCUUCUCUUAUCCCACCAGAGUCCUGCACUCUGUCCUUCAGUUUGCCCAACAAGUGCGGCUUGAUGCUGGACUUCAUGGUUGAGCCAGGUCUCAGUAGAGAUAUGGGCACAGCAGCCACCAAUGUUGCUGGGUUUGCCUGAAGUCUAUUUCAUCCAUCUUUUUUUCCUGCGACUGGACAUUAGCCUGAAGCAUGCUGGGUAGUGGAAUAGCUUAAGGUCCUUUGUGGGUUAGCUUUGCUCUCCAGUGCCAUCAUCAGGCAAAAACUGCUACAUAUAUUCAGAUUCUAGCACACAUUUGUGCUUUUACUAUAUUCCUCAUGUACCGUUAGUGACAGAGACCAAAGUGCAACAGUCCUGCAACAUCAAAUGCAUUACCAUAUGUACUCAAAGUAUACAGUAUAUGAAGCUUCACAAGUGAAGCAAUGCAAUUGCGGUGAAGCAAUGCAACAGCAGAUGAAUUAGAUACAUGUAGAUAAAUUGACAAACCUUGUGUGUUGCCCAUGAGGGCAGUGGCAGUGCAGCAGUGUACAGAAUUCAGAAUCCUCUUUCUGACAGCUGACAGGACAUGCUUGGUCCUGCUGCCUUCACCGGGCAGCCUUGUGGGGUUUUCUUGUAGGAAUCCACUUCACGUUGACACAUCUGUCUGAUAACACCAGCACAAUGGUGGUGCAGCCAGAGCAGGAGAGAGAAAGAGAGGGAGGAAGGGAGGGCUGUUUAGCAGCACUCGCACAAGCAGAGCUGCCUUCACCCGGAGCAAAGCCCAUGGAAGAGACAGCCGUGCUCCUCCUGCUCUGCCUGCCUCCUUAACUCCUGCUACAAUUCCUCUGUCACAAUGAGAGGAAGGUGACCUGUAAGCACCCGGUGUCCGGCGUCCCCUCCCAAGACAACUGCAUCUUUGUCGUAAAUGAACAGUCGGCUCCUCAGGCUUCGUCAGAGCAGAGCAGCAGCAGUGACAAGAAGGAGCGUCCCAUGAGCACUAUGAGCGAGGCGUCGAACUACACGGGUGGCUCCGACUACAGCACCUUCCCUGGCAGCCCGGCCACCACUGUCACUACUGCCACCAGCACCUCCACUUCAUCCACACGGCCAUCAAGGUCUUUCAAAAAAGUUCACAACUUUGGAAAGAGGUCAAACUCCAUCAAGAGGAACCCCAAUGCCCCGGUGGUCAAGAGCAACUGGCUUUACAAACAGGACAGCACAGGCAUGAAGCUCUGGAAGAAGAGGUGGUUCGUUCUGUGCGACAUGUGCCUCUUCUACUACCGCGAUGAGAAAGAGGAUAACAUCCUGGGAAGUAUCCUGCUGCCGAGCUUUCACAUCUCCAUGUUGUCGGUGGAUGACCACAUCAGCAGGAAAUACGCCUUCAAGGCCACUCACCCCAACAUGCGGACCUAUUAUUUCUGCACUGACACGGCCAAAGAGAUGGAGUCCUGGAUGAAAGUCAUGACGGAUACUGCCCUGGUCCACACUGAACCAGUCAGAAGACUGGACAAGUUGAAAGUGGAUCAGCGAACACCUCAGGAGUUGAACAACUUACUAAACCACAGAGUCCUAACCCAGCCUGAGAUCCAGAACAACGAACGCAACCGUGAGCCUGUGCGACAACACUCCUUAUCGCGAGUUGACGACAAACGGCAAAAAGACCCAGAGAAACACAACGGCCAAAGGGAGCGUGAGUACUACACCUUACAGAGAGACGGGGAGAGGUACUCCCUGAAGAGAGACGGCGUGAGAUACAUGCUUCAGACGGACGGAGAGAGGUAUCUCCUCCACAAUGACGGAGAGAAGUACAUGCUGCGAAAAGACGGGGAGAAAUCCUUGCUGCAGAAAGACGGAGAGGUGUACGCAAUUCACAAGGAUCUGGAGAAGUAUGCUGUUCAGAACGUAGACGGAAAGUGCAGUGUGACGCCAACAGAGGAUAAAUACGCUCCGACUAAAGACGGAGAGAAGUACCUGCUGAAGAAGGAUGGAGAAAAAUAUGCACUGCAAAAAAUAGGAGAAAGGCACACACUCCAGAAAGAAGGACAUAGAUACGUUCCCCAGAGAGAGGUGAAGAGACAGCUGUCAUUGAAGGAGACGGAGAGGUACGGCAUAAUGAGGGAGAUGGACAGUAAAUAUGGUACCAUACAAGUUGUGGACAAAUACGGCACUCUGAAGGCAGUGAAGAAAUACAGUACGCUCCGAGAAGGGGAUAGAUACGCUACUCUCAGAGAUGCAGGGAAGUAUGCUACGGUCCGUGGGGAGAAGUAUGGCUUCCAGAGAGACCUGAGUGCAGAGAGGUCUCUGACUAAAAUCAACAGCAUCAAGCUGCAGCCGGCUCAGGCCGCCGCUAUCGCCGCCGCAGUGUCAGCAUCUCGCCAGGGCCAGGCCAACCUCAAUGUCCAAAUUCCUGCGCAGGUCAACGGCUCAGGGUCCACUGUGGGGGAGCAGCCUGGGGAGUGCAGCCCGGGAGAGAUGGACAGCAGCCUGGCUUUGGGUCCAGGAAAGUCCCCUGCUUCCGUCCAGGAGCCAGAGAGGGGCCUGUCCAGGACCAACUCCAUGCAGCAGCUGGAACACUGGGUCCGCACACACAGGACGAGAGGACAGGACGAUGACUCCAGAAGUGUAACGUCCUACCAGACCUUACCCAGGAACAUGCCCAGCCACCGUGCUCAGAUCGUGCCUCGUUACCCGGAGGGCUAUCGCACGCUGCCCCGCAACAGCAUGAUGAGGCCCGACAGCAUCUGCAGCGCGGCGGGCUCUGUGUAUGACAGGGCCCUCCGUCCCGCCUCCACCUCCACCAUCACCACAGCGGACAAGAGGAGGUCGAUGAGGGACGACACCAUGUGGCAGCUGUACGAGUGGCAGCAGAGGCAGGCCUUCUCCAGGCAAAGUCUGGCUCAGCCAACAGCCGUGGGUCAUUAUGGUACUCUGCCCAGCACCAAGACCAUGGGUAACAUCUCUGAACACGCCGUGGCACACUCCAUCCCCACCUCGCCAUCCCACGGCUCCCUGGCUCCCUACAGCACCUUCUCCCCUCCUCGCCAGCAGGUCGCUCACAACCCCAGCAGCUCCCACUCCGAGGUGUCCUCACCCGUCUUCAGGGAGGACGUGACGCAGGACCACUGGCACAGGACGCACCUCACCAAGUACGGCUAUCAACCUGACCGACGAUCCAUCGCAGUCGGGCUCCCUCCACAGUCCAUCACCCCACAGUCUCUGCAAGGCAAGACGCCCGAGGAGCUGACUCUGCUCCUGAUCAAGCUCCGCCGGCAGCAGGCGGAGCUCAACAGCCUGCGGGAGCACACAGUAGCUCAGCUAAUGGCCCUGGGUUUGGAGGGGCCCAACGCUAAGACUGAUGUUCUGUCUCAUCACCUCCAAAGGAACCUUAUUUACCUGGACAGCCAGACGAAGGAGAAUGAGCCUCUAAUCUUCAUGAUUCACACUAUGAUCGAGAACUCGGCACCGAGGCCGCAACUCUAUCAGCAAACCAGUCCAGACGACUUCAUAGACGGUUCCUUCAUCCAGCACACAGAGGAGCCUGACAUAGACACCAAGCUGAGCAGACUGUGUGAGCAGGACAAGGAGGUGAGGAUGCAGGAGGAGAAACUGCAGCAGCUACACAGAGAGAAGCACACUCUUGAGACGGCCCUGCUGUCUGCCAGUCAGGAGCUGAGUGAACAGAGCGGCUCUAAUGCUGCAGCCUCACAGAGCCUGGUCCAGCAGAGAGACGUGCUGCAGAACGGCCUACUCAGCACCUGCAGAGAGCUGUCCAGAGUCACCACUGAGUUGGAGCGUUCCUGGAGGGAGUACGACAAGAUGGGGGCAGAUGUCACUCUGGCCAAGUCCAACCUGCUGGAGCAGCUAGAGGCCCUGGGCAGCCCACAGACAGAACCUCCUAGCCAGCGGCACAUCCAGAUCCAGAAGGAGCUGUGGAGGAUCCAGGACGUGAUGGAGGCUCUGGCCAAAAACAAGCCACAGCGGAGCACAGACAGCACAGGUUUACCUGGUUCCAAACCACUCUCCAGUCUACAGAAGGAUGAGGCAGUGACGCGGCUGCCACUCAGUUCUCUCAAGGAGGGCGACAGCGUGCCCCCCCGCCCGCCCCUCCCCCAGUACUACGACUCAUCAGAGCACCCCCCUCACGUGCCCCCCCACCACUCGCACCCCGGCGGCCGCCUGCCCCCCCACAUGCACCGUCCCGAGGAUCGCAAGGGCAGCGCCAGGAACGGCGUGCACAGCCAAGCUCCAGACUACCGGCUGUAUAAGAGCGAGCCGGAGCUGACCACGGUGAAGGAGGAAGGAGACGAGGCCAACGGUGAGGACAGGACAGAGAGCUCUGCUGAGAGUAAGGACACUUCAGCUUCAAAAGCGCCCCUCUACCCAGUGGGCAUCAUUCCUCCCAGGACCAAAUCUCCCAUGAGUCCCCCAGAGUCCUCCACCGUUCUCUCCUACGUCACCCUGAGGAAGACCAAGAAGCCUGAAUCCAGAUCUGACCGACCCAGAAGUGCAGUGGAUCAGACAGGGUUUGGGGAGAGAGAGAUGGGCAGAACGAGGAUGAGUGUGGAGGAGCAGUUGGAGAGGAUGAGGAGAAACCAGCAGGCCUCCUCGCUCCGAGAGAAGAAGAGAGAAACCCCAUCCCGCUCGCCAUCCUUCAGCAAAGACAACCCUUUGAUUAUCCAGCAGAGCCGGGUCCAGGCAGAGGGGGCCUGUGCAGACCCUGUGGAGCUGGAGGCAGCUCUGCAGCAGCUGAAGGUGGCUCACAUGGAGCAGAGCAGGACGGCUGCUGAGGCUGGAGGGACUCACACAGAACGUGCACCUCAGGUGCAGAGAGUGGAGGAGGUGAACAAUGAGUGUGAGGGAGUGCAGCAGGACGGGGACGUGACCCUGCCGAGUGUGAAGGAGCCACAGGCCGAGGCCAGCAGCAGAGACACCGAGCUGUGUGAGAGCCAGAGGGUGGUGAUUGUGGACCUGGGCACAGAGCCGCAGCAUGUGGAGACUGUAAACCUUCAGCCUUUUGAGGACGAAGAAAGCAGAGAGCAAGAUCUGACCAGCUCGCCAACAAACACCACCACUGAAAACAGCUUCCAGACUCCUGAGCCUGAAACGCCGAGCCCAGAGCCAAGGGACGAGGAACCGGACGUGACGCAGCACACCACCAGAGAGGAGAAGCUGGAGAAGAGAUUGGAUUCUUCCAACCAGCUGACAGCAGACGAAAAGAAACCCAACAACAACAACAUGUUGGCUGCACAGACAUUCACCCUGGUGAGCAGUGACACGUGAGCGACGCCGGCCUCGACAUCCACACUGGUGUCCUGUAAAGCCCAAAUGUAGCCCGCCUGCACAGAGCAUGCUCCACGGCUUCCUGCCUUUACAACAGGACUACUUUGAUACUACUGUUACAUGCCCACAUGGAGACUGAGACUAAGAGGACGACAGCCCAGCUAACUGACUCCACACUGAUGGGCCACUUCUAGACAGAAAGGAAGGCAAAUGAACUGUAUCUUUAGCACAUGUUAGAUCUUUCCAUACUGAUAUGUCCCUGACCAAAACAACAAUUAUAUGGAGUCACAUUGUUCUCCAAACAUGUCUGCAUAAGAUUGUGAAAUGGUGAAGGCAUACAAAUUUUACAAAUUAUCUCUGUUUUCAAUUAAAUUUACCUGAGCAACUCAAGAAAUGUUCGUUAUAGUCUUGAUACUUUUUCUGGAUUCCAAAUCAGUCUCCAGCUGUGCAUUAUCAGAGAGCAGUACCAGGUCCAUCAUUGAAGAGGAACCAGGGAAGAUUUGACAAACUCAAGUGUCAACUGAUUUCUUAAAACUACUUGACCUGUAAGCAAGUCCUCCCCACAGUCAGGACAGUGGGUAGUAGUUUGAGGAGGAGUGUUUGUUGCACAGGUCUCUUUAUGUAUGUUUCGUUUCUUAUCAGAAAAGCUGAACUUCUUUUAAAAAGCUUGUUUUUGGAAGUUGUACUAUCUGUUUAUCCUGUAGAGGGGUCAAUGAGACUGAGAGCUACUGGAAGGGUAGGGAGUGAGACGGAGGGAUGCUUUUUAACAUCCAAGGUUAAGGAUUUGAAAAUGAAUCCGUAUCACAGUUGUCACAUUGUUGCACAAAGUCAUGUUUCCACCGAGGCAUUUUUUCCAGCUAAAAACGCCUUCCGCU